UUUUCAUUCACGCACACUGCUGCGUUAUUCGUUGUCGUGUUUCUGAGUUGCUCGUUGUGGCGCGCUCUGUAACUUUUAUUGUUGUUUUUUUUCAACUUCUCAGCGAGCUAACCACUUGCACGGUCGUUUUCUACCUGCGUGUGCUUCAAAUAUUAUAAACUGUCUCAUGUUUUGUAUUUUUGAUAAGUGUUAACAAAGUUGUUCGUAGUUUAAAUCGCGAAGUGAAACCACCGAAAGUCCAGAUGUUCUAACGAGCGGCAAUAACCUCGUUUAGUGUCAACAAAAUAAAUAAACAGUAGUAACGAAGUUGCUGUUUGUACAAAAAGUAUUGUGAUGAAUUAAACAAUGAUCUAAACUGGUAAUCCAGGACGAGAAUGGGCCUCGUUCGAUGCAAGAACGUGAUUAUUAUCUGCCCCUCAGUUUCUACUGCUUCACCCACAUAACAUUUAUGAGCAAAUAGCCGUCUAGCAGGAUGAUCGGGGUAUACAAAGUUGCGGCGAUCAUAUUCCUCGGCGCUCUCAGCAAAGGUGAACUACCCGAAGAUGACUUCAGGAUAAUCAAUAGACAAGACCUGUUGGCGUCAGAUAGCGAUAUCUUUGAAGAUAAGGACGGCAACUCAUUUUCGCAACUGCUGUUUGACGUGGCGAGGGACCAGGUGAUAGUGGGCGCGAGGGACACCCUCUAUCGUCUCUCACUCCGAGGCCUCCGGCAGUUAGAACGCGCGGACUGGCCUGCUCCACCGGAAAAGGCCAAGCUAUGCCAAGACAAAGGCCAGACUGAAGAGGACUGUCACAACUACAUCAAAGUCCUGCUCGCUUACGGGCACAAGCUCUUCGCGUGCGGAACUAACGCGUUCAGUCCCAUUUGCAGCUGGAGAGAGAUCGAGACCCUAAGCCUGGUGUCGGAAUGGGUGCCAGGGGUCCCCAAUUGUCCACACAACCCGCACUCAAACGUGACGGCCAUAUUUGCGAGCAGCGGCGAAUACUACGCUGGCACUCCGACGGAUUUCACCAGCUUGGACACUGCUAUUUGCAGGAGUCGAGGAGCGUCGCCGCGAGACCUGGGAAUGCUUCGCACGACGCAGUACGACUUCAACUGGUUGAAUGAACCGCAAUUUGUGGGCAGUUUUGAAGACGAACAUUACAUCUACUUCGUUUUCAGGGAGAUCGCCGUAGAGUAUAUGAACUGUGGAAAGACAAUAUACUCGCGUAUAGCACGCGUAUGUAAGAACGACUCAGGCGGACAUCUUGUGAUGAAAGACAACUGGAGCACCUUCCUCAAGGCGCGCCUCAAGUGCGCCGUACCCGGCGAGUUUCCCUUCUACUACGACGAAGUGCAGAGCGUCGAGUAUCUGGCGCAGGAGAAGAUACUGGUCGCCGUCUUUACGACUCCCACUAACAGCAUAGCCGGCAGCGCAGUGUGCAUCUACAACAUGUCCGACAUCCACAUGGCGUUCGAAGGUCCGUACAAAGUGCAGGAGUCGCGGCUGUCCACGUGGGAGCCCAGGUCUCCUUCACGGCAAGCGAGGGAGCACUUUAAAUGCAGCAGUGAUGCUAGAUCUCAUCAAACCAUAGAAUACCACAAUUACUAUUUAAUGUAUGAAUCAAUACAACCCGUUUCGGGCGAACCAGUAUACAAGGCCACGUUAAAACGCUUCACCCACGUUACCGUCGAUGUUGCCAACACUAAAAACGUCGCCAACCAACUUGUGGUGUUUGUGGCAACACAGAACAAUGAAAUCAUGAAGUUGGCAGUGCUGCCGAGGUACGAAGGCGCCUGUGUCGUUGAAACUUGGAAGCUAAAUGAUGGGAAGGAAAUAUUUAAUAUACAUACGAUGCAGUUUGUGAAAGAUACCAUGUCCAUCUACAUAGGCAGCGAUAAGGGCGUCUUAAGACUGGGCAGUGAAAGGUGCUCCCGAUACAAGAGUCGAUCGAGCUGCGUGGGCGCGGUUGACCCCCACUGCGGGUGGGACGACGCGCGCGAGCUAUGCGUGCGCGCGUCUGCGCAUAUACACGAGUCUUACUUCAUUCAGUCUACAGCCAGCUGUCCUACUGUCAGCACGCUCGUGGAUGGCGGCUGGUCGUCCUGGUCGGAGUGGGAGCCAUGCAUGCAGCAUGGCACGCCGCAGUUAGCAUUCGGUGAUGAGAAGCCUGAUAUGUGCAUGUGCCGCUCGCGCCGCUGUGAUAACCCAAAACCGGCCAAUGGCGGACAGAAUUGCCAAGGAGCUCGCACUGCGGUGAGCAACUGCACGGUGCACGGCGGCUGGUCGGCGUGGUCGGGCUGGUCGGAGUGCUCGGCGUCGUGCGGCAUCGCCGUCAAGUCGCGUCGGCGCUCGUGCUCCUCGCCCGAGCCGCGCUUCGGCGGCCGCGUGUGUGUCGGCCUCGACGUGCAGGACCUGUACUGCUCCAACCUGCCGCCUUGUCCCGAUCCCGCAUUAGCCCCAGUAGAUGGUGGGUGGUCACCAUGGGGGGCCUGGUCCCCCUGCGCCGGCACUGGCUGCGGGGCGGGCGCGGGGGUCCGGGAGCGGCGGCGGGUGUGUGGCAGCCCUGCGCCUAAACACGGCGGCGCUGACUGCGACGGCGCGCGCUCCGAGCGACAGCCCUGCGACUUGAGGCCCUGCGAAAUGAGGAAGGCUACUGCGUGGACGCCCUGGGUACAGAUACCAAGUAACACUUCAGAUGGAAGUUACAUGGAAAGGAGAUUCAAAUUUUUAUGUAAAGCGCAAACACCAGAACAAAUUAGGAUAUCACUGGCUCGGGAGGAAGAAAGGUACUGCAAUGCGCGCGGGACAUGCAGCAGCACACCCCCCGAGGAGGACGCGGCGUGGGACCCCUGGGGGCCGUGGGGGGCGUGUUCAGCCGCAUGUGGCGGGGGUCAACAAGCCCGCACGCGGCGAUGUCGAAGGCCUCCGUGCGAGGGGCCUGCGGAUAUGUUGCGUGCGUGCAAUACACACGCGUGUGUUGGUGAAUGGGCGUGUUGGAGCGAGUGGAGCGAAUGCAGCGGCGGCUGCGACGAUGCGUCCACCGGGCAUCGAACCCGCACUCGUAUGUGUCUCUCGCCGGAGGGCUGCGCCGACGCGGGUGCGGCGCUUGAGAGGCGGAUCUGCGUCAACACUUGUGCAGAGACGGAAGCAGGGUGGGGUCCGUGGGGCGAGUGGGGUGAGUGCGAGGCGGGCGAGCGGCUGCGGCGCCGCAGUUGCGAGAGCGGCGCGUGCGUCGGCCCGCAGUUGCAAGUCGCCAAAUGCGUCUCCGAUGACGACAUGGACAACGAACUGAACGCGAUGCCAGCGUACAGUCAGAGCGUGGAGAUGGCGUCGUUCGUGACCAUGUCCGGCCACGAGUCGCUGAGCAUCGGCGCCAUUGUCGGCUGUGUGGUCGCUGCCUUUGUUGUGGGAGUCCUGGUAUGCCUGGCGGCGGUGAUCUUCUGCCAGCGGCGCGGCGCGCUGCCGUGGAGCCGCCAGCCGCGCGUGCCGUCCAGCCCGCACUACAUCACAGCCAAGCAGAACAGCUAUGUCACUGUGCCGCUGAAGGAAGUGCCUCGGAAAGCAAAACGGCAGCCAUCUUUCUCUGGCAUCGGCAACACGAGUGGAAUCCUCCUCUCGAAAAGCAACAACCUCUCCAACGCUAACCACAACAACACCAUGACAACGCCCAAGUUGUAUCCAAAAGCCAUCGCCAACGAAUACGACUCCAUGGGAACGCUGAGAAGACAUUCCAACCAACCAAACAACAAGGCAAACAUCGACGUAGAAGAAGACAAGUUUUACUGAACAAUACACUUGUAUGUAUGGAUUCCAAUUAUUUACAUGCCUUUUUUAAGGCAGAAAUGUUAAUAUACAUUGAGUAUGUACUUCAGACUACAGAAAUUAUUUAAAGGAAAAUCACUUGGCUGAUUGAAAUAUUUGCCAGCGCCAAAAUAUUAUAUUUUUUUUAUAUUCGUACCAAGUUAGCCCUUGAUUACAAUCUCACCUGAUGAUAAGUAAUGAUGUAAUCUAAGAUGGAAGCGGACUGACUUGUUAGGAAGAGUAUGAAAAUCCACACCACUUUCGGUUUCGCUACAUCGCUUGACGGUACAUCUUUGCUGGUAAGGUGGCACUGCGAAGCUUCCACCAGCCAAGAAGUUAAAUCUAACCAUUCUAUUAAAACAUGCACUGCCAGUAUGAAGUGCACUUUUAAGUGUGAAGAAUGAAGUGUGGCGAUAUCGCCGCAGUUGAACGAUAGUCAGCAGUGAUGAGUUGUGUCUCCUCUAGGACGUAGUACAUAGUAACUCAAUGAUAAUAUACUGAAAUGUAUGCUCAAGGUCACAAUUGAAUUGUGGUCUUUUGCUCCUCAAGGACGUUUGCAUAAAUCUGCAAAAUAGCUUGUAUUUGUGCUUGUUAUGGCAUAAUUUUGUUACUAAAAAUCCGCCUCCGAUAUUGGCUGUGCAAUUUCUAAAUCUAGCAAGGUUCCUUCCUUUUUCUUUGUAAAAAUAUCCUCUAAGAACUUCAUUUAAGUACAGAUCAUUAAAUAUAUUUUUCUAUAAUUUUAAGUAUUCCGCAACCUUAACAAUCAAGCAGUUGCUACGUUUUGACGUUGAACAGCCAAUAUUAUUAUUAUAGAGGUAUUCCAAUGAUGUGUUUUUGUGUAAAAUAGUAAUUGUUUAUUAAUAUUCGGUUGAUAUAUUAAAUGUCCUAAAUUAAUUAAAAUUUCUUAAAUGAUACCUAUGUGUAGCCAUUAGCUAUCGUGAAAUGUAUGAAGGCAAACAUUACUUUAGGAUUUCCUUCUUUCAAGACAAGUUUUAUGAAGACUUGAUUCCGUAAAAACAAAUUUUAGUUGAGACCUGUAGUUAAGACAUGUUUUAAUGAACACAAAUGUUAGAAAACUUUUAGGAAUUUUACAUAAUUUAUUAAUAACAUUUCACGUCUUUGUGCUAAAAAUUACAUUCAUACUAAAGAUUAAGACAAUCUACUUACUAAGUGAAAUUCAAGUUUCGCUAAAUAAUGUCAUUCCAAUCAGUUUCACAAUGUCCCUACAUGAUUUUUGACGGAAUGUUAAGUUAAAACUUAACGUUGAAAUAUCGUAGCAUUAGAAACAAGUGAAUCUAUUUUACAAGCUGUGAAUUCUGAGUUUUUGUUAAUAAAUUUUACGUUUAAAAAUAGGCAAAUAUAUAAACAUAUUGUUUUUGGCCAUUGGUACUUAAUAGUGGAUAGAUCGAUCGAUUGAGUGCAAGUCCUCAUUGGCGGCGUAGUCAUUGGCCGCGUACUGACUGAGCGAGCAGCUUCGCGAGGCAGCCUCGGACGUUUGCCUCGCAACGUUUGCCGCGCGAGGCAGCCUCAUUCUGUAAUUUAAUACACAUGAGACUGCCGCGCGCGGCAAAGCCGAGCCAGACCGAGGCUGAGCAAAAGACUCGAACGCUCAGUAGUUACUCACAAGUCGAACAGAAGCCACGCGCGAGUAGCGCAUAUUCAGUUUAGAUUAAGAUUAUCAUGAGGCCGUGCGUUCGGAAGGCUAUCGCCACCACUGCCUUUAUACUGAUUCAUCAACUUGUACAAAAAAAGAAAAGAAAAAAAUCUAAACAUUUUUGGAUAAAAACGUUAUACAAAAACAGAUUUCAAGCUGGAAACAGAAUAUUUGAAGAGCUGUGCUUUGAUGACGCAGAAAGCAAUUUCACUAGAAUGAAUAAAAUUGAAUUUGAACAUCUGUACUCUCUUAUAAACGCCAAAAUAAGCAAGAAGGACACAAAUUUUCGAGAAGCAAUAACCGCAAGGGAAAGAUUGUUGGUUACGUUAAGAUUUUUGGCCACGGGAGAUUCUUAUACCAGUUUGCAGUAUCUGUUUCGUAUAUCAAAACAAAGAAUAUCAGUAAUCGUUCAUGAAGUUUGUGAUGCGUUAAUCGAUGUGCUAAGGGAUUAUGUUAAGGUAAAAUAAAAUAAUUUUAUUCCAUUUUUCGUACAUUUUUAUUAAUUAUUACAACAUGACAAAUAGACAAAAAGACAAUUAAUAUGAAACGCUUAAUUAAACAAGUACUUAUCUAACAAUGAGGAUGAGGAGGCGGAGGGGGCAUCGGUGAGGUAGGAGGGAUCGGUGGGGUAGGAGGCAUCGGUGAGGUAGGAGGCAUCGGUGAGGUAGGAGGCAUCUGUGAUUGAGGAGGCAUCGGUGAUUGAGGAGGCAUCGGUGAGGAAGAAAGACAAGACGUAUUAUUGGAACUGUUUAGCCCACUGUAUGAUUGAGUAUAAUAACCAGUGUAUGAUGGGUAUGCUCCCAUGUCCGCUUCGAAAAUAAUUUUAUUUAUAGCAUGCUUUACAUGUGCUAAAGUAAAAGCGUCAUAUUUUCGCAACUCAUUUGCGACAUAUUGCCCAUAAACAUCGUAGGAGUCAUGUUUUUCCGAAGCAGCACUAUCACUUGCACACUGUUGUAAUAGUGUUAAGGCUUCUGAUAUAGCAUUAUCAGUUAAAUCAUUUGGCUCAGUUCUUUUAGUUCUCUUCUUUGCUCUCGUAUAUUCAUUUCUGGUUUCUUUAACUGUAUUUUCAUUACCGACUUGAUUUUGAGUUUCACUUUGACUGCCACUAUUUUGAGUUUCAUUUUCACUGCCAUCAUUUCGAGUUUUACUUUGACUUCCAUCAUUUUGAAUUUCACUGUGACAUGCAUUCUGUAGGGUGAAAAAUCAUAAUUUUAAUUACAGAUACCAUCAUCCGAAGAAGAGUGGCUUACUAUAGCAAGAGAAUUUGAGACAAAAUGGAAUUUUCCGCAUGCUAUUGCAGCAAUGGAUGGGAAACAUGUUAUAUUACAAUCGCCUAUAAAUAGUGGCAAUGAUUUCGAUUGUUACAAAUUGUUUCCCAGUAUAGUCCUAUUUGCUUUAGUUGACGCCAAUUAUAAAUUCCUGUAUGUAGAUGUUGGUAGCAAAGGUCGUAUAUCAGAUGGCGGUGUGUUUAAAAAUACCAAUUUAUAUAAAAAACUUGAAAGAAGGGAACUUAAUAUUCCUCCGCCAGAAAUCUUACAAAUACCUUAUGAAACUGCAGUGCCGUAUUUUAUUUUGGCCGAUAAAGCAUUUGCAUUGGAUGAGUACACAAUGAAACCUUAUGAAGGUACUCCAAAUCGAGGUUCAAUGGAAAGGAUCUUUAAUUACCGACUGUCCAGAGCAAGGAGAGUUGUGGAAAAUGCUUUUGGCAUUUUAAGUUCUGUGUUCAGAGUAUUGAGGAAGCCCAUACUAUUGGAACCAGAAAAAGCUACAAAAGUCGUGUUAACUACUAUAUACUUAUAUAACUACUUGCGAAGGGAUCAAGAGGCCUCUCAAAGGUUUACUGCCCCGGGAUCAUUUGAUGUCGAAGCUGAAGGAACAAUAAUACCCGGGCGAUGGCGGCAGGAUACAGAAAUGUCAUCAAUGCUACCUAUUCGAGCUAUGCCACGGCGAGGGCCAACAGAUUUAAAAGAAAUACGUUCACAUUUAGGGAGACAUUUUAUUACAAAUGGAGCAAUUGCUUGGCAGAAUAAUUAUCAGUAAAUACUCACGUCUUCAGGUAAAGUAUCUUGAGUAUUUCCUGGAUGGUUUCUAUCGCCCAGGAAGCUGAAAGCUUCAUAGGCGUACCAAUUUGAUUUAUAUAUGUCACCACGACCUGUAAUAAAUAAUAAAUUAAUUAAAUUUGUACGACUGACUAUAAAUAUGUAAUGACUGUACGAAAACAUAAUAAUAAACAUAAACAUACCUGAUCCUGUGAUACGGCUUUUCUUUUCACGUGACCUUUCCCUCCUAUAGGAUCCUAGCAAAGACUCCAUCUUUUUUUUAAAUCCAUUAUUGGAAUGUUCAUUUCACGAUUUAUGUUAUUCCACGCAUCUUCUCUUAGUCCUCUGUUGGUAUAAUUAGGACAUUGCGCAUCCCAAAGUAGUUUAUAUUCUCCAUAUAAAUGUAUUAAUUUGAGACACUGUUCUCUAUUCAUGAUAAUAUAAUUAUACUUAUGUUCUCUAUUCCGUAUUCGUCGAACAAGCGAGGCAAAACACGACCGUCUUGAGUGCGCGCGGCAAACGUACUGAGGCGCCUUUGAGCAUGGACAAAAACCGACAACGUUUGGCUCGGGUCGCGGCACGCUCGGGCGAGGCAGCGCGUGCGUUUGCCUCGGCCGAGGCGCGUCUUGACCGACCGAGGAUUUGCCUCGCGCGGCUGCCUCGCGAGGCUGCUCGCUCAGUCAGUACGCGGCUAUUUAGUUUGAAUUGGCUGAGUGCGAUGCGGUGCGUUUCAAUUAUUUGUUGUUUAGACAAAGAAGUAAAUGGACAGAUAGAAAGUAUUCAUCGCCUUCCCUCAAAUAGUAAACUACAUAAGCACAUACUCUGGGCCUGCAGACUACUGUAUAUUACUGUAUAAAAAACAAGACAAGAUGAUUCGAUAUUUGGUGUCAUGACACUUGCCUUUUUAUUUAGUUAUUGGUCAGACACAAUGAUGGGCUAUUUGAUGCUUUUAUUAAAAGAAAUAUAACAUAAACGUAUUAAUUUAAAACAUACUCAAAUUGUUGCUAAGUAUAAAAAAAAUAUAUUGUAGUGUUAUACGAUAUCAAAAUCGUAUAUCUUUUUUCGAUGUAUAUUUACAAAGGCAUGCCAAUCACUUGUCUAUUUACUUUUCUGUCUACGAAUGGUUGAUUGGUGGGCCACAGAGCUGCGUUUUGCCGUCACUCUUGCCUUCAAUUACCACGGACUAAAGCUGCCAAUACUUAACUUAGAAAAAGUUUUAUAAGAAGCUUGCUUGAAGCUAUAAACUAUUCUAAAAAACAUACCGAGAGAUUUCAGAAAAAUGGAUUAUAAGACCUGACAAUAUAUAAUCCUACCUAACCUUAUUGUAUGGAUGUUUGUUUGGAUGUUUGUUACUCCCUAACGCCGCAACUACUGAACCAAUUCGGCUGAAAUUUGGAAUAGAAAAUAUAUGUUAUUCUGUAUUAACACAUAGGCUACUUUCAUCUAGGAAAAAGCCAUAGUUCCCGAGGGAUUUGUCAAAAACUAAGUUUCACACGAACAAAUUCAUGGGCUUUCUAUAUAUAUUUGUAUGUAUAUAAUUCAAUUACAUAUUCCCCGGAGUUCUUGAAAAGGUGUGUAAUCAUUUAUAACACGGGCACUGGAGGUAUUGGUGUAUAAAUCAAAAUGUGUCAGAUAUUCGUACGAAUCACUCCCAAGGGUUACAUAGGCAGUAUAUUUGUAUACUGCGGGUAGUAUAAGUUAUGAAGACUUAGGACUUCAUACCAGAUGCUAUAAGAAAUUAUUACUGACAAAACUUUGUUAUAUACGAUAGGACAGUGUUUAAUACUCUAAUGUAUGCUAAUAUUGUAAUGAGGUUCAGUUUCUGAGUUUGUGAGGUUGAAGGGGGUAAUUUCGGAAUUAACUAAACGGGUUUUGAAAAUUCUUACUAGCUACGUUAUUUGUAAGUGGCAUAGGCUAUAUUUUAUCCCAGUAUAGUACGGUAUAUAUCGCACGCUUACCCCAGGAGGUUAAAAGUGCUUCCAAAAGUUGGAAAAAUCCUGCAUAAGUUUAAGCAAGUUUGUUUAAGUUUUCAAUUCAGAGAGAGAGAAUUAAGUGAAUAUUCUUUACUUUUAUUUGGGCUUCUCGACUAAUUUUGAUAUAGGGCCCCUCCAAGGUAUGCUACGCCACUGGUGAGAUCACAGUCUAGCCCUUGGCUGUGAUUUCACUUGUUAUUAAAUGGCAAAAAAAAAAUACUUUGAGACCAUCAAUUUAUUUAUAAAACAAAUCGUCUAAACAUAUUAUAUUAUAGGUAAAAGAAAUCAAGUUAUAGUGAAAAUAAUAUAAAUUUUUAACCGACUUCAAAAAAAGGAUGAGGUCAAUUCGACGCGUGUAUGUUUUAAAUUAAUUAAAGCCGUUUCUGAAAGUACCACGGGAAAGAACUGUCUUUGAAUCCUAAAACUUUAUGAUUUAAUCGGCCUAAGUUAUUGCAUCACUGUGUUGGCACCGCCUUCAAAGUGAUCAGAAGGUAGCACAUACGAUGUUAUUUAUCGCUUUUUAGUUAUGUGAUUUUGUUAAAAAGAAUGUUAAUUUUUUUUGUUAAAAAGAUUUUAGUGUAAUUAAACAAAAAAAAAUUCACUUACAAUUUUGAAUAAUCAAAUGAAUCUGCGGUUUACCACAACAAACCAAGCGUCCUGUCAUGUCCGAUAAUAGCAAACCAAAAUGCGUUAAUCCAUUAUUAUUCAUUAAAAUGUAUACAAAGUUCACGCUACAUUAUUUAACCAAACAAAAAGUUUACCUUGUUCUAAAGGUUACCCAUUGUGUUAGCGGAAUGUACAUCAUCAAUAACCCUUAGGGGGUAAAUCGGAACUUUGACCUAAUAGUUAAGUCAGGAACGAUUAAUUGCUAAAGUUAGUACAUUCCCCAAUAAAAUGUAAUGAAAUAUUUUUCUUUGGCAUACAUUCAGUCCGAAACUUUAGGUUCUUUAAAAGAUAUGUUGCAGUAUUUUGGCGUUCAAAUCGUCACAUAACGGUGGACUUUAGUAAACUCACAUCGCGAGAACAAGUUGAUGAAUUAGUGCCCCGGACGAGUUUUGAAAUAGUCGGGAAUACAAUGACAAUGCUUAUGUAAGUUUUACUCCUGUACCGUGAGAUUUCUUGCUUUGAUUACAUAUUAGGUUAAUAUUAUUAUUUAUUACCCUUACUUUAAAAACUAAACUAUACAUAUAGCGUAUAAAAAUUUUAAUAAAAAAAAUUCAACCGACUUCCAACUCAAAAAUUAACCUAAACUAAAAAGCAAAAAAUAACAUCUUACCUAUGUGCUACCUUCUGAUCAGUUUGAAGGCGGUGCCAAGCCAGUGAUGUUCUAAUUCAAGCCGUUUAAAUUACAGAAUUACUGUGGUUCUUUCUGAAACGGCUUUAAUUAAAACAUGACACUGGAUUGGCACCGCCUUCAAACUGAUCAGAAGGUAGCACAUAGGUAAGAUGUUAUUUUUUGCUUUUUAGUUUAGGUUAAUUUUUGAGUUGGAAGUCGGUUGAAUUUUUUUUAUUAAAAUUUUUAUUUUUUAAUUUUUAGUGUUAGCAGACCUACUGAGUGUGAACAAAAAUUAAUAGGCAAUUAGUAAUAAUAAUGAUAAUUAUCUAAGUCCUACAAUCCCAAUUUUAAAAAAUACUACCUUAACUCAUAUACAAAAUUUCACUCCACCUUUAUCCACACGUAAUAUGAAUAUUCAGAAAAACGUGAAAGGUGACUGUCCUCCGUCUUCGUCACCAGACCCCUAAUACAGUCACAACCUAUCCAGGUGGAAAGUUCUCAUCAAUACAAAAUUAUCAAGUCAAAACACAAGGUAGCUACUGUGAACCGUCGAGGAGUUCCCUUAACUAUUCUUCGUCUUCAUCACCAGACCCCUAAUACAGUCACAAGCCAUCUAGCUGGAAAGUUCUCAUUAAUACAAAUUUAUCAAGUCCAAACACAAGGUAGCUACUGUGAACCGUUGAGGAGUUCUCUUAACUGUCCUUCGUCUUAAUCAUCAGACCCUUAAUACAGUCACAGUCCAUCUAGGUGGAAAGUUCUCAUCAAUACAAAUAAAUCAAACCCAAACAAAAGGUCCCUGCUGUAAAUCGUUGACGAGUUCCAUCGUCUGUGUUUCGGCUCCAUCAUCAGACCAACUCCAGACCUUCAUAAAAUUAUAGUGGUUUAAAAUACCUUAUGGAAACACUAACAAACGCACUAGCUGUCUCUACGAUUUUCGAAAGUUCCUCUCGAUUUCUCCAAGAUGCCAUCAUCAGAUCCUGACAUGAAAAAAAUGGGACCACCCUGGAAUCAAUCCCUUCAAAACAAAAAAAGAAUUUUCAAAAUCGGUCCACAAAUGACGGAAUUAUCGCUGGACAUACAUAAAAAAAAAAAAAAAAAACAUACAUACAGCAGAACGUAGAACCUCCUCCUUUUUGGAAGUCGGUUAAAAAUCUAAAAACAUUUUCGUCAUUUUUUGUCCACUCACCUGGUAGUUUUGCCUGAAAAGUUUUCCGGGCGUUUUGAAAACAAGUAAAAUUUAAAGAUUUUAGGUGCCCUUUUCGAAUCUUCAUUUUGCCUUCGCGAAUUUUUGCCAGCAUUUUGUGAAAAUGGCGUCUUUAACCUGUUUAUUGGCGAUAAUAUCUCCUUACGGAGUAAGUUUGCGAUAAAUAUAUGUAAGUUUAUGUCCUAAAAUUUUCGUUUCCGUAAAAUCAAUAAAUUCGGCAUGCGAGCGCCACAAAGUGUUAGUUAGCACGUAUUCUCAAAAUCUAUUUUCAAAACUUUCCAGGUAACUCCCAUUUUUUGGACGAAAUGACAGGAAGUUAUUAGUAAUAUCUAAUACGCACUUAGGCACGUGAUAAAACACCUAUGACAUUGACACAUAACGUGUUUUUCUACCCUUAAAAGAAUUUUCUAAAUUGAUUCAGUUAAUUCAGAAAUUUACCUCUACAACCUCACAAACAAAAAAAAAUUACUUUUUUAUAUUAGUAGGUUUAUAUUAGUAGGUAUAGAUAGAAAACUAUGUAUUCUCCUAAGAAGUCCAACCCUUUAUUCAGUACUUUGUAACCCAUUUCACGAAAUCUAUUUUCUUCAGGGAGUAAUGACCUCGUCGGAUUCAAUUUCAUUCCACUUUAUUCGCUAAUCUCCCUUCCAUAAAUAUGCAUGAGGUAAUAAAGAUCUUUUCUAGAUGUACCCUCUGUUUGUAUGGUAAUUUGUUACUGUAUAAUAAUGCACGCGAGAAUCGUUAAAAAUGUGUUUAGAAAAAUUCUUGCAUGUUUUACAUGAUUUGCAUUAUUUUAAAAUAUUGAAAAUGAUUUUAAAAUGUGCAAGCUUUUUUCCUUUGAACAAAGAAAGUUGAAUUUGAUGAAUUUAUGAGUAUGAAUUUCAUGUUGGUUUUUGCACGUAAAUAAUGUUUAAAAAUGUCGUUGAAAGUAGGCGUCCACUUAUCUGCAUAAUACGUAUCGGACGCAUCGCAUCAAACAGAUUUUUAAUUUUACAGUAGACAAAAUCCGUUCGAUGCGAUCCGCACGAUGCGGAUCAGUGGACGCACUUGCAUGACUUUCUAUACCAAGAAUACUAAAAUCUGUUUGAAGCGAUGCGGUCAAUGCCUAUCAUGCGAAUCUGUAGACGCCUAUUACUAAAUUAUGCCUAGGACAAAUCCUAGAGAGAUUUUAAAGUCCCUUGCGAAUAGGAUGAAUGAAUUGUGUUAAAAUUGUGCAUGUAUUGUGUUCAGUACUGCCCCUGGGAAUGACAUUUGCGACAUAUCGACAGGUCACGUGAUCAAGAUCUGUCAUUCCCAUACAUUUUUCUAGUUUUCGAAGCGUUUGCGAUCGUAGAAAGAGAAUCGAUGUACUUGGCUACAGGGGCUGGUGUGCGUGCUACCAUGUUUAGUAUCCAUUGAUUGAUCUUAAAUUAAAACAUAAUGUACAAAAAGCAAAGAUCUCUAUUUAAAAGAUAAGACUACCCAAUCAACAUCAAAGCAUCCAGCAAUUUCAAUAAAAACGCGUAUCAAAUGAAAUUUCCAAACCAUUGCCAAUUCAAAAAGAAAAUGUUUUAUACUUGUUUUUAUUUAAUCCAAAAUGUAACCGAGAAAUUUCCCGUGAAUUCCUUUACGAGAUCGUCCAUUCCUAAUUGCCUUUGUCUCGUUUCUUUUUGUUUCAAUUUGAAUUGGAACAUCUAAUGGUCAUUGUCGGGAAAGAGCUUGUUAAGGUUUGAUAUCCAAUCGACCUCUAUUAUUUGGAGUGGGCAUUAUUUUAUAAAAGGAAAUACGUUCAAAGUAUUAUUGUGAUAGCGCCGUUCCCGGAGAAUAAAAUAGUAACUGCUAUUACACGUGUUUUAGUGUUUUGGUAUCAAUACGUAUUAUUACAAUUAUUUUCUCGUAAUUUUUAUGCACUUAUUAACGAAGUUAAAAAAUAUUACAAUAGUAUUCCAAAAUAUAGUCACUGGCUAAAGCUAUUCCUACUUCUUAGUACGUUAAACAGCCAUACAAUUGUCUUCCGGUACUCAAAAUUUAAGGCUUCAUUAUGAUAAAAUCAGUUACCAUUUUGUUCUCGUUUCAAAAUCUUCUGUGUGCCUAGUGGGAGUUUUCAAUAUUUCCAUACUGUUACUAUCACGUAGACGUUUACGCCAAUUUAUAUGGAAUUGAAACAGUUGUGCAGUAGUGCCACUAGAUGGCGCUGUUUCAAUUCCUUAGCAAUUCGCGUUUACGUUACGUGACAGUAACAGUAUCAAACUGCCACUAGGCCCUCUGAUCGGUGCGCGUAAUUCAUCAUCACUUGCACUUACCAAAAACGGUAAGUGCUGUUGUCAAUUAAGGUUAAAAAAAAAUCUAUAAAAGUUAGCUUUCGUUCGAGCUUUCUCACUUUUAUCUAACUCUAUUACAUUGUCAACAGUCGCCAAAAUUUUUAAGGUUUUUUUAUUUUUCCUGAAAAAAUUAGCUUUUUGCAAUUACAAUUUUACUCUCCGGGAACGGCGAUAGUAUAAUUGAAAUAUUUUUCUUGUUUAAAUUUAUAUUGUGGCGUUGAGUAACUCGGGCUAUUCUGGACUGUGACAUUAUUUAUAUAAAUAACUUAAUAAAAUGGCAAACCGUAAUACUAUAUAGCUAUUAAGCCCUGUGCCUUUUUAAAUGCCCUCUUAACUUUCAAUAUAAUCCCGUUGCAACAAAAGUUAUGAAUACUUAAAUCUCAAGUGCAAUUUUUUUUUUGCGACAGGCGACACUGUUGUUUAUAGAUUGGAAAGUUCGUUGAUGACACUCCCAUGAUAUGCGGGCGACGGGGGAAUGGACUGCGAGGGUGUGAAGUCGAGCGCGCGGAGGCAGUGGGAAAGUCGUGCGAACGGGGCAUCGCUACUCCCUCCAGGAGUACUCUCUAUGGCCCGCGCGGACCAUAGGGAUACACAAACUUGUGCGAUAGGCAGCUGUGGCCGAAAUUCGGCUGGUUAGACAGAAUUUUGACUGUUUCUAUGCCUUAAUCUACUCAAAAUCUUUUUAACAUUGUCGGAAUAUAGAAACUGAAUAAAUAGAAAAAUAGAAAAUAGAAAAGCAGUAGGUACUAUUAUUUAUUUACGUCUCUUUUAAGAGACAUUAUUUAAGUGAAACAUAAUAAGAAUGUGUAAAAUUUUAACUCAUCGUUUUUCAAAAAAUAGAACAUCUAAAUUCUAAAAUUCUCUGCUCGCGCAAGAAUUUACGAUAUGUCAAGAAUGUUGUUGCAUUUGCUGCUCUUUGUUAAAAUAUUAUCAUAGAUUAAGGGCAUUGUAGAACUAUUAUGUAAAUAUAAAAAACCUUUUCUUACCUAACGUUACAAGUAUGUUUUUAAAAUCUUCCCUUCUGAUAAAAUACUAAACUAUUCGUAGAUACUACUUAACGCCAUUUUAUUGUCAAUUCAAGAAUCCAGUGCCAUUCUUAAGACAUUGUAAAAAUAGUAUUUUUAGAUUUUUAUAAUAAUAUUAGAAGUAUCAAUUUGAAUGUAUUUUAUUGUAGAUUAUUCUUUUAUGGGAAUAUAUCAAAGUAUGUGCCAUGUAAAUAAGAAUAAACGAUUUCUUUUACAUUGUAAAAAAUAGUGCUUUUCAUAUAUAUUUAUGUAUUUAAUUGUACCAGUACAAAUAGCGGUGCCUUUGCAACAUAAAUAAUAUUUUAUAUACAUCUACCAUUUAUUUCUACAAUGAUUGAAUUAUAAUGCGAUUUAUAUAUUUUUAUAUUAUUGUUGAAUCAACUUCAACUUAUCGCUUGGCUCAUGUUGAGUCGAAAUUGUUGUUAUAAUAUAGAUAAAUAGCAUUUUGUAUCUUUAUAUUGUUAAUUAUUAAUUUUAAGAAAAGUAUUAAGUGAUAAGCGCAGAUUGUUAUAAGUAAUAUUUUAAUACAUAUCUAUCAUUGCUUCCAAUAUUUUUUAAAUAAAUUUUAACUGUGUCUGUGACUAUGUACAAUUGUUAAAUUUUUUGCGUUAUUUUGAAUGAAAUGAAUGUUGUCUACACGUCUACGCAAGAUUAUAUUUUUAAUUCCACCUCUUAUUUAAAGUAGUCUAUACAUACAUUUACACAAUAGUAUUUAAAUUUCAGACAUACAAGCACUUUGUUUGAGUGUGUCAGGUUGAAAAAAGACAAUAUGCGCCAUAGAAUAAUCAUGCAAAUAAAUUAAAAUCACACUUUAUACAAACAUAGAAAUUGUCGAUGAAUUUAUUCCGGCAUAACACUAGUUUCGUAGACAGCAAGAAAGAUUUUAUAAAUUAAAAUCACACUUUAUACAAACAUAGAAAUUGUCGAUGAAUUUAUUCCGGCAUAACACUGGUUUCGUAGACAGCAUUUUAAAUUUUAAUAGUGUAGCUGUACACUUUUCUAUUUCCAUAUUAUCCUAUCCACUAUCAGCGUUAGGUAUUAAUAUGAAAGUAUAAGUGGAUAUUUUGUUUGCUUGUCUAUUCUAUGACGGUAAUGUUCAGUGAGUUUAGAAUGUUCCACGCAUUGCAUGCAGUGUUGAGCGUAAUAUUAACACGAGGGGAAAAUGCACUGCGUCGAUUUGCAAUGUUGAAAAAUGUGUUGUUAUGCCCCUUCAGACUCGAAGCGUUUUUUAUAAUCUUUAAUAACUAAACAUUUUAGGUUUCACCUUUAAAAAUGGUGAUAUUAAACGCAAAAUACGUUUUGUUGAUGAUAGUAUACUCGUAUGUUCUCUUUUCUGAUAUACUGUCUUAAAUAUCGCCAUGGUUCGUGUUACUAACGGAAAUAAUCUGAAAAUGACAUUACGAAAAUUUGUGUAAAUCUCAAUUUGUUAUUAUUGAAUAAAAGAUGCUUUGUAAAAAGAUAUGGGUAUUAAUUAAUAAAAGUUAAGGAUUUAUUAUAAAACUUAAUUUAAAAAUCAUGUAUUUUUUCAAAUUUUCCAAAUGUCAAAAACUCUGUCGUCCAUUUUGUGACGUCACAAUAUAACUUAUUGUAUUAAACGUCAAACUAAUAGUUAACUAAUAUUUUUGUCAAACGCUCCGUUUGUAAGGGAUUUGUUAACGUGACGUCAUGAAACAGUUGAAAUAUAGACAAUCAUGGCCGACAGCGUUUUGGUUGGUUUUUUAUGUAAUCACGUCUAUCUAGUAGAACCAUAUUUUAAGACCAUUUGAAAAAAAGUGUAAACUAGCCUAUUUAGGUACGUACGUUAAAUCACUGAGCUUUUAGCCAUAACCUUAUUUUACCAUACGCUUCGUGUCUGACAGUGCCUUAACUAUUUUGUAUGCUAGAUAUUUCUGAAUGAACCUGUUGUGUGUCUAUGUAUGAAUUCACCUCUUGGAGGCUUUCUCACCUGAAACUCACCGAUUCUAAGCGUAAGAGAUUAUUACACGUGAUUGUUACUUGGCUAGAUAAAAAUUCUUUAUUGUUUUUUUUUUUAAUUUUCAUUCCUUUCUAUGCUAUACAUUGUUGAUUUAGAUGCUGUAUAUUGUUAUUAAGAUAACUACUUAACAAUAAAGACUGUCGUAAUGA